UUCAUUUUCUGUUUUUCUUUUUUUUUUUCUACAAACAUUUUCAUUUGUUCAAAUCCAUUUGCUCCUUCGGCCACAGAUCUCCUCCAUGGCUCCUAUUGCUGUUGGUAAUGCUCUACCAGACGGAAAAAUUUUCCUCUUUGACGAGAACGAUCAGCUCCAGACUGUCUCUGUUCACUCUCUCCUGGCUGGUAAGAAGGUCAUUCUCUUUGGUGUCCCCGGUGCUUUCACUUCCACCUGCAGCUUGCAGCAUGUGCCUAGUUUCAUUGAGAAAGCGGAACAGCUGAAAGCGAAAGGUGUCAAUGAGAUCAUUUGUUAUGGCAUGAAUGAUCCGUAUGUGAUGAAAGCAUGGGGAAAUACAUUCCCAGAGAACAAGAUUGUCAAGUUUGUCUCAGACGGCUCAGGAGAAUACACAAAGCUUCUCGGACUCGAGCUUGACCUUAAGGACAAGGGUCUUGGUAUUAGGACAAAGAGAUUUGCUAUGUUGCUCGAUAACCUCAAGGUAACUGUCGCCAACAUUGAAACAGGUGGCGAGUUCACGGUUUCCAGCGCCGAGGAUAUCCUCAAGGCUCUCUAAGAAAUUACCAUCUGAAUUUAGAGGAUCUCUAGCCUGAUUUGCAGAAUAAGAAAUUGCCAUAAUAAAUUGGUUUAAUAUUAUUUAUUUCCUCUCUUUUAUUAUAUAAUGUACUUGGUUUGGGUUGUUUUCUUUAAGUUUGAUUUAUGAAGAGUUCAAGUGGU